GUUUGAUCAUCCCGGAAAGGUUCUCUUUUGCAUUCAUGCGACGUUGAAGAUCUCUAUUGCUUGAUUGAGUACACUCUACUACUGCAUUCCGGUUCUGUGAGUUGCUCAUGAGGAUUGUGAGUGAGGAUUGAGCAACCAUAGGCUAUACAGAGUAUCACAGAAUGGCUUCAGGACUCAAAAAGUCCUGCAUUGUUGCCUUUCUGGCUAUUGCCACCUGCACAGCUUCACCUGCGCUUGCUCCUGCUCCUCUUGCGUCAGGACAGUCGAUGUUGUCCGACCCUUCCAAUCCCAAGACAAACAAUCCUGCAAUUACGGGACAAAGCUUUCCAAAGGGUGGCGGAGAUCGCGUAUCAGCACCUGAAGCGCAAGCACUGAAGCCUGGAUAUCACAUCACAGCGGCAAUGGGAUGGAUGAAUGACCCCAACGGCAUGUUUCAGAACAAGGCCGGCAUUUAUCAUGUGUUCUACCAGUGGAAUCCUGAGGCGCCCAUCUGGGGAGCGCCAUAUUGGGGCCACGUCAUCUCCAAGGACAUGGUGCAUUGGGAGCGCAUGCCGCCAGCACUCGUCCCAGACACUGACUAUGACUAUGAUGGAGUCUUCAGCGGAUCUGCUAAUUUGCUCGAGGACGGCACACCCAUCCUCUUCUACACAGGGGUGUCCAACUUCAGCGAGCUGAAGUACUACAAGCAGGUGCAGGCCACGGCUGUGCCGGUGAACGCCUCGGACCCCAGGCUGAAGCUGUGGAAAAAGUCCCCCAGCAAUCCUAUUAUCAGUCAGCCCCCGCCCGAUGGCACCCUGGCUCAAUUCAGAGACCCAGUCUCUGCCUGGAAGCAGGAUGGGCUCUGGUACACUGUCAUCGGCAGCCUGGAAUCUUGUUUUGGGACGGCUGCGCUGUAUUCCUCUCCGGACUUCCAGACGUGGCAGCCUGCUGGCCAGUGGGCAUCCCAGGCUUCGGUCGGGCAGGCAAAUGCAGGGCAGUGCGUGGCGCCGGCAUUGGCGCAGCCGGGGGUGGGGCAGUGUGAUCAAGUUGGCGCAGUCUGCCGCAUGUGGGAGUGUCCCGACACAUUCCAGCUCGGCAAUGAUACCUGGGUCUUUAAGUGGAGCGACCAGUCCAAGACGCGUGACCCCUUUGCAAUGGACUGGUACAUUCUGGGGACGUCAGCCACCUUUCUGGGAAACCGCAGCCAGGGCAACAUCAGCAGCAGAGGGGAGGACACCUCCAGAUUCCAGUCCACACUGCAGAAUACCCCACAGUCGGUGGAUUACGGCAGCAUUUAUGCGAGCAAGACAUUUGCGACCAGCGACGGGCGACGCGUGCUGCUGGGCUGGGUGUUUGAGACUAGCGCUGGCUGCGUGGAGCAGUGCUCUGCUGGCACCAACUUUACAGACAGCCUGGGGUGGCAGGGAGCGCAGACGCUGCCCAGGGAGGUGACAUUGGACAUGGACUCCCGAGCGCUCAUCAUGAACCCCGUGCAGGAGCUCACUCUGCUGCGUUCGACUUUGCUGUAUAACAAAUCCGCUGUCACAUUGCCCAGCAAUGGCUCACAGGAGCUCAACCUGACGCAGUCAAGCAGCAUGGGGAGGCAGACUGAAAUCAUGGCUGCCUUUGCUGUUGCGGCAAACGGCAGCCAGGGCGGACAGCAGCCGUUCAGCAUCGGCAUCCAGCUCAGCACUGGGCAGGGGACAUUUACUCAGAUCACCGUCAAUGGAACGGCCGCUGCCAUUGCCAAUGGAAGCCUCAACAUUGCACAGGCGGGAGUGUAUGUGGAUCGAUCCAAGAGCGGCGGCCACACCAAUACCACCACCCAAGGGGGCCCCAUACCGCUGCCCGCCUCUGGCCUCUCAGUCCCUGCAGCCACGCUGCGAAUUUUUGUCGACCACUCUCUGCUCGAGGUAUAUGCGCUGGAUGGGCGGGGGAGGGUGACCAGCAGGAUCUACCCAGCCGGCAUGGAAGACAGCUGGAAUGUGUCGGUGUUCGGCGCUUUUGGCGCGGCACCGGCCACGGUCGACGCGAGCGUGUGGGAGAUGGGUUCUGCUUUUGACCCCAAGCAGGCAAAGGCUUGCUGCUGA